AGUUAGAAGUUCAGUCUGUCCGCGACCGUUCGUCAAGCCGUCUUUGCCAAAGCAACUUUCGUUGCUUCCGUUCACCUCGUGCUUUUUCAGCACAUGUCCUUUAUAAUCCCCGGUUAUUAAAAAAAAACAAUAUUUUUGAAAAAGUAUUAAAAUUUAGCAAGACAUCUUUUUUUUUGUCUUGCUUAAAUAUUUUUUUAAAAUUCUAAUUAUAAAUUGCAAUUUAUUUGCAAUGAACAUGAAUAGAUAACGAUUUGUGUUUUUUAAUCACUUUUUUUUUUGUGAAAUAGUGAAAGUGAUUUAAAAAAAAAAAAAGAAAUGGAGCUCUUUUGGCUUCUAUUAGGGCUAAUUGCCUAUUUUGGAAGUUUUUCAAAUUGGAAAAUUACUGCUUUUAAUGUAGAGACUAAACAUUAUACACUUUAUAAAUCGUUUCGUCAGUCCAUGUUUGGAUUUUCUGUCGCUGAAUAUCGAGAUUCUGUAGGUCGAGGAUCAGUAAUUGUUGGAGCACCAGCGGCGGAAACGAAUCAAAAGGAUAUAAUUCGUGGAGGCUCGGUAUUUAAAUGUGACAUUAGUCAAGAUGACAGUUGCCAUGUUGUUCGAUUUGACACAAGAAAUGGAAAUAGUGUUACAAAUACAAGUCAUGGUUUCGUACAAGUUGAUAACAAAUCUGGACAAUGGUUUGGAGCAACAGUUUCAUCUUCCAAAGUGGACGGUGGACCAUUGCUUGCAUGUGCACCGAGAUAUUUGUGGUAUGGUAAACAAGUGUCGAAAGGACAUUCUGGUGCAGACAAAAGAGAGCCAGUUGGCACAUGUUGGUUGACAAAUUUCGUUAGCCAACCGCUGGAAUUUUCUCCUUGUCGAACAGGAAAACAGGGCUACAAUCUACAGGGUUCAUGUCAAGCAGGACUGGGAGCAUCCGUAUCCAAGGAUGGUAAAAGACUUUUCAUAGGAGCCCCAGGAAGUUGGUAUUGGCAAGGUCAGCUAUAUUCAAUGGACAGUCAAACGAAGUUCGAAUUUUGUCCUGAUGAUACACGAUUAGGUGCUUUUCAAGGACAAUUGUAUUCAUAUAAUGGAUUGGACAAUCGAACAAAAGUUUUAAUGACGAAAGAAGGAAGCCCACAAGACGAUGAUAGCUAUAUGGGAUAUUCAGUAACUUCAGGAGAUUAUCAAGGAAAUGGAAAAAGUGAUGUUGCUGUUGGAAUUCCACGUGGGAAUAAUCUUAUGGGACAAGUGGCUUUAUUUGAUUCUCAAAUGAAAAACUAUAGAAAUAUUACUGGGGAACAAAUGGGAGGAUAUUUUGGUUAUGCUUUGGCGUCUGGUGAUCUUAAUGGAGAUGGAUUUGAUGAUUUGAUAAUUAGUGCACCAAUGUUCACAUUGCCGGGUAAUUUAGAAGUCAUUGAAACUGGAAGAGUUUACAUUGCAUAUCGAGCUGUUAAAUCAAAUGCCUUGUUCGAUAAAAAAGAUUUUCGGGAUGGAGAAUUCAAUAGGGGGCGAUUUGGUCUCUCUUUAGCUUUCUUGGGUGACACCGAUCACGAUGGAUAUGGAGAUAUUGCGAUUGGUGCACCGUACGCUGGGCCAGAGGGUCGAGGAGCAGUUUAUAUUUAUCGUGGUUCAAAAGAUGGACUUGGAGAAAAAUAUUCCCAAGUUAUUUUCUCCACGGAUCUUAAGGAUAGACUCGCAACUUUUGGAUUUUCAAUUGCUGGUGGACAGGAUUUGGAUCAAAAUACAUAUCCUGAUUUAGUUGUUGGAGCUUAUGAUUCAGAUGCGGCUUUAUUUUUUAGAUCUAGACCAGUAAUACGAGCCGAUUGUAAAGUUGAAUAUUUUUUUGAACGUCAUUCAAAAAUGUCGGGAAUAAAUCUUGAUAAUAAGGACUGUGCAAUAAGAAGGGGAAGUGAAAGAGUAUCGUGUAUGUUUUUAAAAGUUUUUCUAAAAUACGAUGCCGAUUAUUCUCAUCAGACAUUUGAUAUUGAAUUAAUUUUGGAUCCAGUUAAGAUUAAAAAUCCAAGAAUGUUUUUUAUUGAACAAGAGGGAAGAAAUGUGAUGACUAUUAAGAAUGUUACACUUGAGCGUCGUGUACAGUGGUCGAGAAUUUUUAGAGUCUAUGUAACUCCUCAUAUACGUGAUAAAUUAACGGGUAUUGAUGCUGAGGCACGUCUCACACUUUCUGAAAAUCGAGAACCAGAUAUGCGACCCAGAAGUCCUGAUACGCCUUUACGUCCAGUUUUGGCGGAAACAACAUCUUUGAAAGAUUCAAUCUACAUUAGGAAAAAUUGUGGUGAUGAUAAUAUUUGUAUUCCUGAUCUUCAACUCACGUCAAGUGCAAGUGUUGAGAAAUAUCUUUUAGGAUCUGGUCAAGAUUUUCAUAUAACUGUUACAGUUAAAAAUUUAGGUGAAGAUGCUUAUGAAGCAAUGUUUUAUCUUCAAUUACCACCACACGUUCAGUAUAUAAAUUUUGAACAAUUUAACAAUACUGGCGUAUUGGUGCAAUGUUUGGCACCAAAUCAAAAUAAUAUUCUACGUUGUGAUAUUGGUAAUCCAAUGCCAAGGGGUAAAAUGGUGAAAUUUAAAACAAUACUCGAACCAAUUGUUGCUGAAAAUAUGAAUGCGACCUUUGAUUUUAAAAUGGAAGUUAAUACAACAAAUUUGGAAAAUUCGGCAACUGUACGUGAUAAUCAUGAGGCUAUUAAAAUACCCGUUUGGGUGGAUCUUGAACUUGUUGUUGAGGGUGAAAGUAGACCAAAAGAAUUAUUUUAUAAUCCCGAAAAUUAUACAUCGGAAAAUAUUACAACUGACGUUGAAUUUGGACCAGCAAUUGUUCAUAAUUACACGGUGAGAAAUAAUGGACCAUCUAAUUUCUUAAGUGCUGAUGUAUUUGUAACAUGGCCGGGUAAAACACUUGGAGGUGAUGAUUUACUUUAUCUAAUGGAGGAACCACAAGGAACAAUUAAAUGUGUAAAUGCUGAUUAUAAUUAUCAUCAUCUUAAAUAUACUGACUCGGCGAAAACACGUUAUUCUUCUUUAUAUGGUAGUUCAGGAUAUAAUCAUCAACAUUAUCAAGAUCAUCAUUAUCAGCAAUCAAGUGGUGGUAUUGCUGUUCAAAAAGGUUAUGAUUCUUCUGACGAUAGAAGAAGAAUAGAGGUAAAUACUGGCGAUAGUUCUGAAUUCAAUCAAAUAAGACAUUCAAAUAAUAAUAAUUAUCAAGAUAAAAUCACCACACUUGGUGGUGAAGAAAAGAAAAUAUUUGUCACUUCUGAGAGUUCGAGAAAUUAUGAUUUAAAUACAGCUGGAUUUGGCGGUGGAUCUUAUCGAAAAGAUGAUAAUAUUGGACGUAAUGAUUCAAAACAUUAUUCCUAUGGUCAAAGAAAAAUUACCGUCUCUCCAGUUAGUUCAAGUUUUGAUUUAUUAAAACAACAGGAAAUUGAGAAACAACGCGCGGAACUCGAAGAGGAGAAACGUAAAUUGUAUGAAGAAAAAAAGAAAUUUGACGAAUUAAAAAGAAUUAAUCAAAAAAAAUUGGCGGAAGAAGAGCGUAUUAGACAACAGGAGAAGAAUGAUGAGGAGGAUUAUGAUUAUAAUAAUUCACGAGGAAGUACAAUUUAUGGAACUGAACGUCAUUUUGGUGAAGAUAGAGAAGAAUCACGAAGACAUCAAGGUUAUGGAGUGUUGACUAAUUCACGUUUUGAUGAUGAAAUAAGUGGUGAUCGUGAGGAAGUGAUUGGAUCAUCUGAUAUUAAUAUUCGAAUGAGAAAUAUAACAUCAACACAAGAUCUUGAGCAAUUUUUUUCUGAUAUAUCGAGAGGUACCUACAAAGUUUCAGCCUAUAAUAGACAUGGAAAGAAUUUCAUUAAUUUCCGAGGAAGAAUAGGUACAAUGAAAACUGGUCAAAAAUGUAUUGUCUUUCAAGAUGGUACACAAUUUCCCCUUGAGGAUAAUUUAGGACAAAGAGUAUUAUCCGAUCCUGGUAGUCCAGUGAGUCAUAGAUUUGGUCCCGUUGAUGGUGAACUUAUUGCUGGACCUGGUAAUAGAGCUUAUAUUCAAUUGAAUAAUGGCAAUAGAUUUGCCCUUGAAGGAUUUUCCACUUAUUCCACUGUUAGAACUUAUAGUUACACUAGUUCUCCUCAGGAAUCGUCGUUUGACAAUAGUCCAUAUAAAAAUGGACAAAUUUAUGGUCAUUCAUCGGGUAGUUCUUGGCGUACAGAAUCUUCGAGAGAUAUUGGAGAGGAAUAUCACAGUUCACAUAGUCAUGAUGAAAUGCGCACCAAUGAAAAAAGAAUUCAAUCUAAAGUUUAUACGAGAAAUAGUGAAGCACCGAUUAGAGAUAGUUGGAUUAAUCCACAAUAUGAAUCACAUGAACGAAAUAUUAGACAUAGACGUGAAACUGAUAUGAAUGAUAAUUCUAAUGGAUUAUCAUUAAAGAAUGAAUUAGAUCCAGUUACUUAUGAUAUUACCAAAAAUCCUUGUAAGCGUGCAAGUUGUUUUCAAAUAAAAUGUGAAUUGGGUCCUUUAAAGAAAGGAGAAGAGGCACAUUUAAGUUUGAAAUUUAGAAUUAAAGCGGCUACUUUAAAGAAAGUUGCCUAUAGAGAACCAAUUCAAGUUUCAACUCAAGUUUUAACGAGAAUAACAAGAUUUGCUGCUCUUAAUAAUGUUGCUGAACAAAAUGUUAAGAGUCAAGAGGUAUUUACGAAUGUUGAACCCACUGCACCGCCGCCAGUUGCUGAUGUUGUACCACUUUGGGUUGUUGUCCUGUCUGCCUGUGCAGGUGUCAUCAUAUUAUUGCUAUUAAUAUAUUUACUUCAUAAGUGUGGUUUCUUUAAGAGAAAUAGGCCAACAGACGCUCCUGAAAGACAACCAUUAAAUCGAAAUGGCCAUUUCCAUGGGGAUGAUCAUUAAGCUCUUUGAUUUAGAAAAAAAAAAAAAAACCGAAACAGUGCCUUUAAAUGUUACUCAUAAAUGAAGAGUAAUUAAUUGGCACUUUUUAAUCACUAAAUCAUAUGCGCUUCAUAACAUGCACAAAUUAAUUAUACCUUCUAUUAUUUUAAAAAAAAAUUAGUUGAAAACAGAAUGUGAAGGUAUUAUAAAUUUCAAAGUAAUCGAUCUAAUUGUUAAUAUCCGUAUAAAAUAUUAACAAAAAAAAAAUUUUUUUAAAUUUGUGUUUUUAUUUUUUUUUUAAAACACAACUUGCUAAACUGCCAAUGAAUACUCUUCUCGAUUCCUGCAGCUCGAUUUUACAAGUUUCUAGUCAGAAACAGUUUUUUAACUUACUUAUUUUUAAGUCAUGAAUCUUUGUCGGGACAAUGACAAUAAGUCUUUAUCGACGUUGUUAUAUGUAAAUAAUAUUUUUGUACUGUCAGUUGCAGGAAUGCGUGACGUUAUCAAACGAAAAUUGUCAAUGAAAUGGAAAUUUAUUAUUAUUAUAAUAAUGUAGUGAUAUAUUUAAGAGAUUAAUAUAACAAAAAAAAAAAACACACCACAAAUAAAGUGUUGUUUUUUUUUUAACCGAACAAGUGAUGUGAACUUAUUUUUUAUGUUUCAAAGGGCAAUAGGCAUUUACUAAUCUUUAAUUUAAAGAUGAUGUUGAUGGUGAUGAUGAUAAUGAUAAUAGUGACAGAAAGUUUUUUAAAAAUGUACUUAUAGAUGAAUUUUUUUUUAAUUAUUGUAGAUGAAUUCUUUUAUAUAUCUAAUAUAAUUGAAAUUUAAUUAUUAAUUAAUAAUCAAUUAUCGAAAAAGAAAUAACAAACUAAUAUAAUAUAUUUGAAUUUAUAAAUCAUAAAAUUAAUUUAAUUGACAAAUUAGGGUAAAUGCUCCAGUGGUGGAUCAGGCACCAAUGGUGGAUCAACAGCGUUAAAAAGGUUAAAAUAAGCUAUUUCUAAUUGAACUAAAUGUUUCAAUCGUUUAGGGGAGGUGUAUAGAUAAGUUUUAUGAAAUAAAAUCAUUUGAAAAUAUUUAGGAAAACAAAGCAAUACAACAAUUGUUGAUUUUAUGCUUUUUCACAUGAAAUCUUAAAAAAUAAUUGUUUAGUCUAAAUUUUUUUAAUUUUUAGAGUAGAAAGUAAUCAAUUCUUUCCAUAUAGAAUACUUUUGGAAAAAAAUUUACAUCAUUAAGUUAUUUUUGUGUAGUGUAAAGGGGUAAAUGAUCCACGACUGGAGCAAUGUCAUUUUAUUGUUGAAUGUGGGUGUUAGGGGGUGUAAACGUUACAAGCAGGUCGAAAACUACACGAUAGUGUCCUGGAAGACUUGUUAAUUCAUACUAUUGUAAAGAUUACCCUAUAUUUUUCAUCUGAAAAAAUCUGUACACCUUUAAAGUCAAAAUAAUAAAUUUAGUAGGCUUAAUUGAUCCACCACUGGUGCAGUUACCCUAAUUUCAAAUAAAUUUUCGGCCUAAAAAAUAAUUUUCUUUAAUCUAAAACAACUUUUAAUUAUUGUGUAUUAAAAUUUGUUCUUGUUAGUGCAUUUUUACUUAACUUGAUAAUAACAAUUGUAAGUUUCAAUUGAGAAUUGUAUUAUUUAUUUAAAAAAUCCAUGUGUAUAAACGCCUCGUAUAUAGUGUAUUCGAAAUAUAGACAUAUAUUUAUAUAUAUUUCGUAUGCCCUAUGUGUAUGUGUGUACAAUUUGUAAAUUAUUAAUCACUAAAACUCUUAUACGAUGUAAUGCAAUACUGAGUAAAGAAUUUCGGUCUCUUUUAAAAAUGACAUGUAUAUACAGACUUAAGUUUUAAUAUUAAAAUAAAUAAUAUUAAUUCAA